GAGGCAGACUUAGCAAUUCCCUCUUGUUCCCAAAUGAACUUUGUUCCCAUAAUGACUGACAAAUGAUGCAACGAUAAGAGAAUUAGGUCUAUAAAAAUCUAGCUGAAGCUCGGUCCGUUCUAUCUGGGGCUCUUCCACCCUCCUCCACCCACGGCCGCUCCUACGGUCGAAGUGACAGCUCGCCCUGUGAAGAUGCACUGCUGGAAAGUGACGGCAGUCUUGCUGCUCUGCUUGCUGCUGCUCAGCCAGACACACUGCACUUCCCUGCACGACCCACAGCCCCGGCUAACGAGACAGAGGCGGAUGACGCCGUUCUGGAGAGGAGUCUCACUAAGACCCGUCGGAGCCUCGUGUAGGGAUAACAGCGAGUGCAUUACCAUGCUGUGCAGGAAGAACCGCUGCUUCCUCAGAACAGCCUCAGAGUGACCUGCCACAACGAAGAAAACCCAUCACUGUUACUGCAAAAGCCCCUCCACUCUACUUGUGAAAUAUUUAUUGUUCCAAGCCAGGAGAGCGCAUCGAGCAAUAUGUUUAUUGAACAAUUCUGUCACGUGAACCGACCACAGGACUUCAGAGAGCCUGGGAGCAUUUCUCAACCCAGGCUGUAUCUCCGCAGCACACGCCUCAGGACGACUCUCUGGCCACGCUCAAUAAAAGGACUCUGCAACUCCUGCUCGUUUGGUUUGGGUUUUUUUUUUGUAAUGGGUCUUUUUUUUAAAGGUGUGAAUUAAAAAUUUGUACUCAGCAAGGCACGGUGGUUUUCCUUGUGUCCUGUAAGCAAAGUGUGCGGUGAGUGCACGUCAGGUGUUUCAAAGAGUGCUUAUUUCAGACUGGACUUUAGACAUUUAUCCUUCAGCCUGGCGAGUGCACAAAGUAGAUCACGCCUCCACCUCAUUCCAGUCUCCCAGCUGAAACCUUAUCAGUACCACAGAUAAACGCCUGUUCGAAAGAGGGAGCAAACAGACUGAUAACACUGAUAGCAUUUGCAAUACCCCAAAUAUAGCCAGUGAUAACUGGAAGGAAAAGUAUUUACUUUUAAUUGCUUCUAAUCAAAUUUACUUAAACAAAUGCCCCAGUCUGACUUUCACCGCUCAAGUACCUACUAUUUUAAAAUAAAUUGAUCAAAACCCAGUUUUGACCCUGCUGCACCUUAUCUGGGAGAAACAAA